UCGCUGUCGCUUGCUGUAAUCUCCACAAUCCUACGGAUACAAGGCGCUUGUUUAGAACAAAAGUUUCCGUCCAUUCGGCAUCGACCUAAUUCUCGCCGCCUGUGGCAGUGGAGGUUAUUAGCGAUAAGAUACCUACAAAGACGCACCACCAAAGAAAUUCCCUCCACUCCCCGGCCCGGCCUUCGCUCGGAGGUCGCCAUCUUCCCUUCCGUUAACUACCUCAGCUUAGCUUUCUCUCUUUCUUGUCAACUUGCGACAACUCUCCACUCAACCUCUUCUUUUGUUCUUCUGGUCUUCUCUUCGUCUGCCUCUGCUCUUAUCUUUAUUCGGUCCCCUAUACAGUCGUCACAAUGUCCAACCCUAACGAUAAGCCCCUCCCUUUCAUGUACCAGUUCGCCGCAGGCGCCAUUGCUGGCGUCUCGGAGAUUCUGGUGAUGUACCCUCUUGACGUUGUCAAGACCCGAGUCCAAUUGCAAACUGGUUCCGGUGCUACCGCUGAGUACAACGGCAUGCUUGACUGUUUCCGCAAGAUCAUCAAGCAGGAGGGUUUCUCACGACUCUAUCGUGGUAUUUCCGCUCCCAUCCUCAUGGAGGCUCCCAAGCGAGCUACCAAGUUCGCUGCCAACGAUGAAUGGGGCAAGGUUUACCGAAAGAUGUUUGGCGUUGAUAAGAUGAACCAGCAGCUCUCCAUUCUCACUGGUGCCUCUGCUGGCGCUACCGAGGCUUUCGUCGUCGUUCCCUUCGAGCUCGUCAAGAUUCGUCUUCAGGACAAGGCUUCCGCUGGAAAGUACAACGGCAUGGUUGAUUGUGUCGUCAAGACAGUGAAGAACGAGGGUCCUCUUACUCUUUACCAGGGUCUUGAGAGUACUAUGUGGCGUCACAUCCUCUGGAACGCUGGUUACUUCGGCUGCAUUUUCCAGGUCCGACAACUCCUUCCCAAGGCUGAGACCAAGAGGGCUCAGAUCACCAACGAUCUCAUCUCUGGUGCCAUUGGUGGUACUAUCGGAACCGUUCUCAACACUCCCCUGGACGUUGUCAAGAGUCGAAUUCAGAACACCCCCAAGGUCCCCGGUCAGGUUCCCAAGUACAACUGGGCCUUCCCUGCCGUAGGAACCGUAUUCAAGGAGGAGGGUUUCGGUGCUCUCUACAAGGGUUUCUUGCCCAAGGUUCUGCGUUUGGGUCCUGGAGGUGGUAUCCUCCUGGUCGUGUUCACAACUGUUAUGGAUACCUUCCGCAGCUGGCACUACCCUGCCACUGCUGAGCUUAAGAACUAGGUAUAAAAUGAGCAUGGGGUCAAAAGAGCACUAAAAAGAGAUACCAGGCCGCAUUGUACAGCGAUUAGACGGCUUCCGGACGGCAUGCAAUACUGUAAGAGAAUUGUUAGAACUUUAUUGAUUUCUAUCAUUCUGUCAGGAUAUGUCUGUUCCGCUUGUAACAUCCAAUUGGUUGAUGAAAGGCGAGGGCAGGUGAUAUUCACUUUGAUAUAGGCUACAUGUUGAAUAGAGCUUGAGUCGAGUCAGUUGAUACCCAAAAUCCUAUAUUAUUCAACCAGUCUUUUCAGAAGAUAUACUGGAUGAAAAGCAAUGGCAUAUGCAUGAUAUGAGAAUUCAUUAAGAAGGGUUAAACUAGCUUCGGCCAGUUUCAGUUGAAUAUAUUAGACAUUGCAAUGAGGCGUGCUGCAUUGAGGUAUCUGAUUUCGUUAUAAGUGUCCCUUUUCCGUCCGUUGCGUAUAGUUUUAGCUUGGCUUUCGUCUCUUCGAAAUUGUUGACU